AUGAGGAAUCUCAGUCACAGACAAGACAACACACAUAGUGAAGAAGACAUCAAGAGGACUUCCAAGGUUGAGGAUGAAGAGGACAGAACCAGCUUCGCAAAGAGAAAACAGAUUUCGUGCAGUGCAUGGGGUUUGCUAGAAGAUGAUGAGAUGGAAAAUGAACAACGCAAGCAAACCGGGUUUGGAAAAAAGCAACAAAACAGGCCAACUGUCGUUCCCAAAGGCAACUACAAUGGCAAUGACGAUGAUAGGUAA